CGCCGCCUUUCUUCCAGUCAUGGCCUCUACAGUGACAGACCACAGAUUACAUGAAUUUCGAGAUCGACUCGAAAUUGGGCUAUCAGCCUCAAACCUGCAGGGAUUGAAUAUGACGAAUGAGAUCCGACCAAAACAAGAUGAAGAGUCUGUUUUUCUGACCCCCAGAAGCAGUCCUUAUUCACCAAAUGGUGGAGUGACUUAUAUAGACAUACCUGUUGCCUUCUCUGGGCUGGAGCAACACCCUCUUCCACCACCACCCACCUCCCCUUACAUGAAUGGUGCUGGCUCCCAGGAGGAUGCAGCCUAUUUCAAUCAUUAUCAUGGUGGCUCCCCUCCCUACUCUCCUCCCUAUGACAAUUCACCACUCUCUGUGAACUGUAGCUCUCCCGGCUCUGUUGGCAGCCUGCAGAUGGACAUGUGCAGCCCCCCAAUCCCUUGCACCACUUCCAAUCAAUUCUCCCACUUUCUACCACAGCCUCCUACCUGCACCUCCAUGCCUUACUCCUCCUGCUGUGACCCAGAGGCCAAGAAUACGGCCUGCAUCAACACUCUCACUUAUCACUCCGAGCAUCAGAACUGGAUGCUCUCUCCCGAUUCUUAUUACAACAUCCCAGCUGUCCACAUCGAGCCUAGCAAUGACCUUCCCAUGGGAACCAUUCUUGAUCGUCAGCUUUCCAGCUCUCCUGAUCUGCCGAUUUCUUAUUACCCACCAAGCCCCCAGGCAUGUGCUGAUUUGCCGCCUUCUAUGUACCACCAGAACAUCUAUGCUGAAAAUUUCCAUCCAAUGGUACCAUACCAUGCUCCAGCAAAUAUAAGGGCUACCCCAGAACUGAAACCUCGCAUUCCAAAAAGGGCUAAACCUCAAAAGCCUCCAAUUGAAGUGGAUGAUUCAGAAAUCAAAGACAUUCCAAGCUCUGCUCAACUCUGGGAGUUCACUCUGAGGGUCCUAAAGAAGCCCAAAUACAACAACAUGGUCGCCUGGGAGAAUCAGAAGGAAGGUCUCUUCCGUUUCCACGACGCCCAGGCCUUUGCCGCUCUCUGGGGAAAACACAGAAAUCGACCCAACAUGACUUACGAUAAGGUCGCUAGGGCUCUUCGCUACUAUUACAAAAGGAACAUUUUCAAACAAGUUGGAGGAAGACUGACCUACCGUUUCAGCGACAGGCUACGCAAACUCUACCAUAAUGAAGAUUAAUUGUAUCAUUUCAUAUGUUCAUCACAUUGGUACAGGAUAAAAAUCUCUUCAUCGCUAAAACGGAUAUGCACGCCACUUUAGAAUGAACUUCAAACAUUCUAAUUUUCUACUGAGCACUGUACUACUCUUCUCACUACAUUAAUAAUUAUUAUGUAUCUACUCUUUAAUUUAUACAUCUUCACUUUAUUGAUUGUAUAUAGUACCUAAAUUGAAAUUGCUUAUUGUAUAUCUUA